AUGGAAGAAAGAUUGGACAGAAGUCAGCAGUCAGUGAUCAGAAACAGAACAAUAACAACAUUUAUUCUGCUGGGACUGACCGAUGACCCUCAGCUCCAGGUUCCACUUUUUAUAUUUAUAUUCCUAACCUACAUGUUGAGUGUAACUGGGAACCUGAGCAUCGUCACAUUCACCUUUGUGGACUCCAAUCUUAAAACACCCAUGUACUUUUUCUUACAAAAUUUCUCCUUCUUAGAGAUCUCCUUCACAUCUUCAUGUAUUCCUAGAUACCUGUAUAACAUAGCUACGGGUAACAAGGCCAUUACCUACAAUGCUUGUGCUAGCCAAAUGUUUUUUACUGACCUCCUUGCAAUAACAGAAUUUUUUCUCCUUGCUGCUAUGUCCUAUGACCGCUAUGUGGCCAUCUGCAAACCCCUACAUUAUGUGACCAUCAUGAACAAAACAGUCUGCAGGAAUCUUAUCUUCUCUUGUUGGGCAGCUGGUUUGUGCAUAAUAAUCCCACCACUUUUCCUGUUUUUAAAACUGGAAUUUUGUAACUCUAACAUCCUUGACCAUUUUGCCUGUGACGCAUUUCCCCUAAUGAAAAUCACAUGCUCAGACACAUGGGUCCUAGAAAUGUCCAUUAUGACCUCUGCUGUACUGACUCUGAUUAUAACUCUUACUUGUGUAAUUCUGUCCUAUGGUUACAUCAUCAAGACAAUUUUUAGAUUCCCCUCUGUCCAGCAAAGGAAAAAGGCCUUUUCUACCUGUUCUUCCCACCUGAUUGUGGUUUCCAUCACCUAUGGCACUUGCAUUUUCAUCUAUAUGAAUCCUUCAGCAAGGGAAGAAGUGACCAAAAAUAAAGUGAUUUCACUGCUUAUUUCUUCUGUUUCUCCUAUGUUGAAUCCCUUUAUUUAUACCUUGAGAAACAAUCAAGUUAAGAAAGCCUUCAAGGACUCAAUCAAAAGAAUAGGAUUGUUCUUAGCUAAAUGA